GCCGGUGCCGGGGCUCUGUCCGCCGCCGUGGCCCGUUGGGCUGCGGCGGGGAGCGGCGGCAGCAGCAGCAUGCGGCAGUCCCUGACUCAGCAGCGCCCGGCCGGCGUUGCCCUGCCCGACUCCGUGGGGUCGUUCAAUAGAAGAAAGAGAAAUUCCCUCUACGUAACUGUGACUCUCCUCAUUGUGUCAGUAUUAAUUCUAACGGUGGGCCUAGCUGCUACAACAAGAACCCAAAAUGUGACUGUUGGAGGUUAUUACCCAGGGGUUAUUCUUGGUUUUGGGUCGUUUCUUGGAAUAAUUGGAUCAAACUUGAUAGAAAACAAAAGGCAAAUGCUGGUUGCAUCGAUUGUCUUCAUCAGCUUCGGCGUCAUUGCUGCGUUCUGCUGUGCCAUAGUAGACGGUGUCUUUGCUGCCAGACACAUAGAUCUGAGGCCGCUGUACGCUGGGCGAUGUCAGUACUACUCCAAGAGCACGACUCCACCUGAGGCAAUCUGUCACCCGCAGCGCCGUGCGCCUUGUACACCCAAAAUAAAAACCAACACCUGCUUCUGCUGUGACCUGUACAACUGUGGGAACAGGGUAGAGAUUUCUGGAGGCUACUAUGAAUACAUUGAUGUCAGCAGCUGCCAGGACAUCAUCCAUCUUUACCAUCUGCUUUGGUCGGCAACAAUUCUGAACAUAGUGGGGCUGUUCCUCGGGAUCAUCACAGCAGCGAUACUUGGAGGCUUUAAAGACAUGACUCCUUCCCUCCCUACGCUGAACUGUGCAGUUGAAAAUGCACACCCUUCAGUGUCCUACUACUCAAGGCCACAAGUGACAUCUUACAACACCUACUACCACAGCACUCCUCACCUGCCUCCCUACUCCGCAUACGACUUCCAGCAUUCCAGUGUGUUUCCAGCCUCCACUCCUUCUGGCCUCUCUGAUGACCCCCAGUCAAUGUCGCCGUCUCCCAGCUAUAUGUGGUCCUCCAAUGCACCUCCUCGUUACUCGCCACCGUAUUUCCCACCUUUUGAAAAGCCACCUCCUUAUACACCAUAAAGAAUGUCGGAAAGAAGAGAAAAACAUUUGCCAUUGAAAUAAUUGUGAACAUUUUGUAUUUAUAUUUUACUGUGGGAGGGAGCAGGAGGAUAGAUACAGGAGACAAUUGCAGAUACACAUCUUAGAUUGGACUGUUCUUUCUUGCGAGACUUAUUUCAGGGGGUUAACAAUAGAGUAUGAGAAAAGGGACAUACUGCUGAUGUUUUGCAGUGUCAGUGGGUAGUGAGUGACCUAAACUUCAGCCUCCUUGUUUUACCCUGAGGUUCAUGUAGUCCUUGGUUUUAAUAAAGUGAUUCAACACAGAAGAUAGAUUCUGGUCUGCUUUACUCCAUCUUGUACCAAGCUGAAGUAAAGGUAGCCCAGAUUGACAGCUGCUGGAGAGUGUCGGUCUGUUUAAGGUAAGGGUGCUUGCAGACAGCUCAACUUAAUGCGUGUUUUGUUUGGCCUUGGGGCUCCCGUUGCUGAGGUUCUUUGGGGCCACAGAACAUAGCUCACAUCACUUGUUGGUUUAGAGCCUACACACUGGGAACAUCCUGGGAUGAACCACAGCAGUGUCUCAACCUUUAAUGCUAAUGCAAAGAGAUACAUCAAUGGGGUAUUUUCAUGUAUGUCUAGGAAAACUGUUGGAAUAUUGCUUCUUUAUUUAUUUUUUUGAGGGAAAAAUGUUCAGUAGACAAGUUGGUUUUAUUUCAGGAUGCUUCUUAAGAUGGAAGGUGAAAUGGAGUUGUCUCUCCCUGAAUUCUGUGUAAGUUAAUGCUGAAAUCAAACGGUUUGGGUGGUUGUACUGCCUCAAUCUUCCUUUUAUUCCUAUAAAGAGCGAGCAUUAGGAACUGUCCACAAGUCACUGAAACAGUGCAGUGCACACGUUGUUAUUCCCCACCCCCUUUCUCUUUGGUUGGGUGUUUUUGGUUUGGGUCUUUUUCUUCAAGCUUGUACUUCUAACUUUCCUAACAGACUGAAUGGGCACCCUGAAUAAGCACUGGUUUAGUAGCUGUCUUAACAGGCUGCACAUAAGGAGUAUUCACCACUAGUUGUCCAGGAUGUGAGUCUCACAUGGAUAAAUGUCAACACCCUGUAAUAUAGGAUGAAACUGAUAGGAAUUUGCAAUUAUUGUUGUGACUUUCAUUUAAUCUUCAGCUGCUGACUUUGCUGAUUGAUCUAGAUUCCAACAGAUGUUGCAUGCAUCCUGCAUAACAAAAGAAGGUCAGCUUUGUUAUGUGACACACUGUCCUGUAAAGUGUGGUUCUACUCCAGGAAGUGAUUUCAGAUGACAGCACUCAGAUCUGAGCUGCUCAACCUGAGCAUUCUCAACUGCUUACUUCAGGGAUAAAAAUAAGGUAUUGGGGUUUUAUUCCUUAUUUCCUAUUACUUUAAUUUCCUUGGCAUUGGAUUGCUGACCCUAACCCACACUGUCUUUACUUACAACUGAUGGGGACAAAAAGGUACCUAAAAUCUAAACCUGGCUUUCAGAAUCUAAAAGAGGAGUAUGUGCUGGAGCUUGGAUUUUAAACUGUGGCAUCUACUUUUAAUGUAGAAAGAACAAAUGAAAUACUGUCAGCAUGGAAAAUGAACACUGAAAUCUCUGAUCUCACUUCUCAAUGUACACCCACACUUUGUAAUGCUGGUUUUGUUCGCAAAGCCUUCAGGCUGGGCUAUGUGUUACCCUUAUCAUUUCCACUGUCAAGUAACAAUCAGUGUAUUAAUAAGCUAAAGGAUGAUAAAGUUGAUCCAGAAGCAAGCGUAACUUUUCUUCAGUACCAAAUAAACAGCUGGAGAAAUGCAGCUCAAGGGAUUUAAAGCAGUAGUGUAUGCAGAACAUCUCCUGGUGACGUUUUGUUUUACUACAGAUUGUCAAAGUGUAGCUUCUAUAUAUUUGCAUACUGGAAAGUCUGUAUCCUAGGGCAUCACCCAUUUUAUAUUACAUGUUCCUGAAUUAGAUACUGAUAAAGAGAUCAUGGGUGAUUUCAAAAUUGUAAAGUUCUUCUGAUAAAACUCUCCCCAAAACUAGAAUCAGAAAGGGAUGUUAAUAUAAUAUCAGAAAACAUUAAUUGCUGCAUCUCUGAAAUAUAAGUCCUGUCCCAUUCCUGACCAACAUACUCUACCAUUUGUGCCUGUCAGCUAAAUAGGGCUAGAAGGACUAGGGGACACUACAGGACAGGACUAAGAAACCUAUGGGAGGAACAUAAGUGGCAGAGAAACAGUUAGGAAAUGAUUGUAUCACUAGUUUUGAGUUGGCAAAGACUAAACUUGGGAAAUUAUCCAAAUUCUUGUUUUUUUCCAAGGAAUAUUUAAGCAAGAAUUACAUUGCUGCUUUAAAUUCACUGUAAAAGGACAAGUCCAUUUUCGCAUUUAAAAUGAUUACCAGUGGGAUCUUCCGUUGAAUUCCCCAUUUCCUUCUGCUUGAGUAAAACUGUUUAAUGUAAAUGCAACAUUCGGAACUGUAUUCAUCAUUUCUUAUGAGAAUGUCAAGAUUGUGACUCAUAUGUACCCUUUUAUUACUUUACCAAAGUUAAAUAAAAUUGUGUGACUUUUGUAAACAUU